GCCUUCUGCAGCUCAUCGCUUCUAGGCAGUCCCCUGUGUACGCAGGGAAUCCCUGUGCAGUGAUCUCUCGUGAACAUCGAAGGCAGGACUUGGGGAUGUGAUCCUGCAAAUAAGUCUGCCGGUUAAGUCGUAUUUUCUGACAUUUGAAGAGCAAACAGCACCAUGUCUUCAUGAAUUGAAUUGCAAAACCACAGGAAGUGUGGCAGCCCUCCCUACCUCCAGCUUCCUUCCUUACUGUGACGUUCUUCUCGGGACCUUUGGUUUCAUCCCCUCUGGGUGUGCAGUGGCCUGCCUUGGCAUCAGAGCAGAGGAAGCAGUUUGUGCAUCAGGGAGAGCCAUGGCCUUGAGCUUGUAUGUCUUUCACCUCUUCUAUAAGUUCAAAGUGUUGGUGCUUGUCACUUUGUGUUUGAUGGUGCUGUGGGCCACAUUCAGUUACUUUGUGGACUCCAGACAGGACAUUUCUAAAGCUAAGAGCAUGGUGGAGGAUUUCAGAAAGGUAACUAGCCUGGAGGACAGUCAAAAGGAAGAGAAGAUCGAAUCAAUUGCGACAGUUCCCACGGUGAAGUCAUUUCAGGGUCACUGCCCAGCUCUGUCUCCGUACCUGCGAGGUGCCAGCAAACUCACCUUCAAAGCAUCUCUCACACUAGAAGAAGUGCAAAAGAAGAACCCUCAGGUAGCCGAGGGCCGGUAUCACCCUACGGAGUGCUCAGCAUUGCAGCGUGUGGCCAUCCUCGUCCCACACCGCAAUCGAGAGAAGCAUCUGCUGUACCUCCUGGAGCACCUCCACCCCUUCCUACAAAGGCAGCAGCUGGACUACGGCAUCUACGUUAUUCACCAGGCUGGCAGCACCAAAUUUAAUCGAGCUAAACUGCUGAAUGUAGGAUACCUAGAGGCCCUAAAAGAAGCGAACUGGGACUGUUUCAUUUUCCAUGAUGUGGAUCUGGUGCCAGAAAAUGACUUUAACAUUUACAUGUGUGACAGACAACCAAAGCACCUGGUAGUUGGCAGGAACAAUACUGGAUACAGGUUACGGUACCAGGGAUAUUUUGGAGGUGUAACUGCUCUAACAAGAGAUCAGUUUUCCAAGGUGAAUGGAUUCUCUAACAACUACUGGGGUUGGGGUGGAGAAGAUGAUGACCUUCGAAUCAGGGUUGAGAUGCAGAAGAUGAGAGUGGUGAGGCCGUCUGCUGAUGUAGCCAGGUACACGAUGAUCUUCCACAAACGAGACCAUGGUAAUGAGGAGAAUGGAGAGAGAAUGAAGCUUCUACGUCAGGUAUCUAGAACGUGGAAGACAGAUGGGCUGAACUCUUGUUCGUAUAAACUGCUCUCAGUGGAACAUAACCCUUUAUAUGUCAACAUCACAGUGGAUUUCAGCAUGCAGCCCAAGAUCUCAUAAGGGCGAGCACCACACAAGUUAUAGGAGAUGGCAACAGAUCUUGUUUGUGGCUGCUGUUAUAGCAGAUGACUCCUGGCACUCGGCUUGAAAGAGCGCUUCAGUAGCACAGAAGAAAGUUUUCCUUCACAGCAUCUAAUUGAUUGGUUGAGAAUUUCCUUUUGUGAGGACUGGAGAUAGGGAGUGACCUGAGUGACAGGUCCUCGUGUUCUUCUAUGCACUUUCCGCUGGGACAUUUGCAGAAGUGUCCUUGUUUGGGCUGGUCCAGUGGAAGGACUUGAACUAAGUCUCCUGAAAAAAAAAUCUGUUCUUGCAACUAUUCCUAAACUUCUUCUUUGUUGUAGGGGGAAGGCUGCCUAGCACUACCAACACUGCUGUGACUUCAAAAGGAACAGGCCAGUCUUUUCUCAUUAAAAGCAUGAGAAUUCUUCACCAACUACAAACUUGCUGAGAAAAGCUUAUUUUUUCCAGCCUGAGGAAAAACUGCUUAUGUGUGAGGAAGGGCAAUAAUGGUAAUGGGUGAGAUGUUAAAAAUCUCUCAGUGAAUACACUCCAUUGAAUUCAAAAGGCUUCUCUUGUUCUUCAAUGGUAGUGGGUGAGGAGAUGUUAAAAAUCUCUCAAUAAAUACACUCCAUUGAAUUCAAAAGGCUUCUCUUGUCCUUCAUGAGCUCAGCUCACCCUGCCAUGGGACUGCUGAAGUGUCCUGUGGCAAAAUGAAAGUCUCGGUUGUGCGGUAGGCUGCG